AUGCCCCAGACAAGCAGAAACGGCAACGACGAAAUGAAACGAAGCAUCCACGACACCCAAAUCGAACCCCCUGAGCCGUUGUUUGCGUCGACUAUGUCCAUGUCUACUGUUCAGAGAGCUCAACCGAAGGAGUUUCGCGAUUCUUGUCUGUCAACAGAGGGCUACUGGAAGGAGAAGGCAAGUAAUUUGCAGAACGCGUUCGCGGCUGGUUCUGAUAUGAAUGGGCAGCCUCAGCAGCAGAUGAAUACCCUAUCCGACCAAAGCAAUCAUGGCUCAGAAGACCUACCAAGACCUCGUCCGAUGGUGUUGAAUCUGAGCACGACCCGCCCAAACAUCCCCGCCAUCCAAAUCCAAAUCCCAUCCCCCUCAACAAACCCCAUCACGCCCAACACCAAGCCCUCCAGCAAACCCAUAACUAACCCACCCCUUUCUGGCAACGCCAUCUCCCAUAUCCUCCAACACACGAAGCCCGAUUGCCCCAAAGCGCAAACCUGGAUCACAGCGCAGAGAAUCAGCGAGGAGACGAAACAGUGUCUUGCGCAGAGGAUCGGAUGUCUUGGUGUGACUGAGCGUGGGAUUUUGGAGAGGAAGAUUGCGGCGAGGCUUGCUGAGAAGGCGCGGCAGCAGGGUGGUGUGGGUUUGGUGCAGGGGCAGGAGCAAAAUCAGGGUAAGAGGGUGGAGGAGUGGGUGGAGGGGAAUUUGACUGCGCAGCAGAGGGUGAAGAGGGCGAAUGUGAGGCUUCAGAGGGCGGUUGGGUUGGAGUAG